AUGUCGUCUCAAAUGUCUGCUUUAGAAUUAUUAAAACUUGGUGAUCAAGGAAGAGAAGCACCCGUUUUAAAUAAAUAUUGGCCUCAUAUUCUCGGAGUCGUCUUCGGUGUAGGAACAGGCGUUACGCUUAACUUAUGUACUAGACGUCCAGUAUGGAGCGGUAUACAAAAGCAUGUUCUUGGCGUAGCUGGUUGGACUGCUACUCUAAUUUACUUUCAAAACAAACGUGAUGCAUAUUAUGCCGAAAAAGAUGCAGUUCUAAGACAUUACAUUGAAUUACACCCUGAAGAUUUCCCAGAACCAGAAAGGAAAAAAAUUGGAGAACUUUUGGAAGAUUGGAUCCCUAUACGCUAA